AUGUCUCAUGUUGCCACUCUUGCCUUACCACUGGUCAAGACGAAUAGAAAACUGAUAAAUGGCACAGGGAGACGUCGUUGCGCCGAAGAUGCCUUGUUCAAUGACUGCGAUUCGGAAACCGCAGAUCAGCUACUCGCUGGCGCCGCCUACCAGAGUGCAGCGAGCUUUGAGACACCUACUGCCUUCGCUGCCGCAGAUGUUCUAGUUCCCAAGACAUACGUUGUGUGCGAGGAGGACCAUGCUGUGACUGUUGAUGUCCAAUUGGCAAUGAUUGGUGCCCUUGAAAACACUACCGAAGUCAGAGUUCGCUCCGGGCAUUGUGUUCAUUUAAAUACGGAGGCUUUACCGAAGGUCCUUAAUGCUAUUGAGGCAGCGGCGGGUCUCUAA